AAAAAAUUGCUCCUACGUUGGUGUUGUGAGGAUCUCCUUGUUUGAGAAAACCUCAUCCAUGGCUUCUCUUCGUCUUCUUGCGAACAGUGUCUCAACCUUCUCUCAUCAACCCACUUCUUCCGAUUCCAAGUUUCGAAAUCUCCGAACUCCAAAGCUUCCAACUUUGAAACCCAAAAAAAAACACAGCUCAAGGGUCCUUAACGUUGGUGCUGAUGUGGGUUUCACUUCUCCUUCUCCUUCUCCUCCCACAAGCUCCGAUGAAAAAAUCCGUGAGAUUCUUCGCAAUCGUGACUAUGACAAGAAAUUCGGUUUCAACAUCGACAUCGAUUCCUUCUCAAUUCCCAAAGGUCUCUCCAAAGAGACCAUAAAGUUGAUAUCUUCCUUGAAAGAGGAACCCCUUUGGAUGCUUGAGUUUAGGUUGAGUGCUUUUGAAAAAUUCUUGAGCAUGGAGGAACCUAAUUGGUCAGACAACACAUACCCAUCAAUUGAUUUUCAAGAUAUGUGCUAUUACUCUGCACCAAAGAAGAAACCCACCUUGAAUUCCCUUGAUGAUGCUGACCCUGAACUCCUUAUGUACUUUGAUAAAUUGGGUGUCCCUCUGAAUGAGAGGAACCGUUUGGCUAAUGUUGCAGUGGAUGCUGUUCUUGACAGUGUUUCCAUUGCUACAACUCAUAGGAAGGCUUUGGAGAAAGCUGGUGUUAUCUUUUGUUCAAUAUCUGAGGCUAUUAGGGAGUACCCUGAUUUGGUUAGAAAGUACUUGGGGAGAGUUGUGCCUAGUGGGGAUAACUAUUUUGCAGCUUUGAAUUCAGCAGUUUUUAGUGAUGGAUCCUUUUGUUACAUUCCUAAGGAUACUAAGUGCCCUAUGCAGAUUUCAACUUACUUUAGGAUCAAUGCUUUGGAGACUGGGCAGUUUGAGAGGACUUUGAUUGUCGCAGAUGAUAGGAGUUUUGUGGAGUAUUUGGAGGGAUGUACUGCACCUUCUUAUGAUAGGAACCAGCUUCAUGCUGCUGUUGUGGAAUUGUAUUGUGCUGAAGGUGCAGAAAUUAAGUACUCCACUGUGCAGAAUUGGUAUGCUGGUGAUGAGGAUGGGAAUGGAGGGAUAUACAAUUUUGUCACAAAGAGAGGACUUUGUGCUGGGGCACACUCUAAGAUAUCAUGGACACAAGUGGAGACAGGAUCAGCUAUUACUUGGAAAUAUCCCAGUGUUGUUUUGGAGGGAGAUGAUACUGUUGGGGAGUUUUAUUCGGUUGCUUUGACUAAUAACUAUCAACAAGCGGAUACAGGUACAAAGAUGAUUCACAAGGGGAAGAACACAAAGAGUAGGAUUAUCUCCAAGGGUAUAUCAGUUGGACACUCAAGGAACUGUUAUAGAGGGCUUGUUCAGGUUCAAUCAAAGGCAGAGAAUGCUAGAAACUCCUCUCAGUGUGACUCAAUGCUUAUUGGUGAUAAAGCAGCUGCCAAUACAUAUCCUUACAUCCAGGUGAAGAAUCCUACGGCAAGAAUUGAACACGAAGCUAGUACAUCCAAAAUUGGUGAAGAUCAAUUGUUUUACUUUCAACAAAGGGGAAUAAACUAUGAAAGAGCCAUGGCUGCUAUGAUCUCUGGGUUUUGCCGUGAUGUCUUCAAUGAGCUUCCAGAUGAAUUUGGCUCUGAGGUGAACCAACUCAUGAGCUUGAAGUUAGAGGGGUCUGUAGGUUAAACAGCUUGUGAUGCAUCAGUUUGUAAGUUAUUGUGUUGUAACUUGUUAAGCUGAGUGGUAUUUGCAAUUGUAGUCUUAAAAAAAAGAUUUCAAACUGUGUUAGGAAGGACAUAUACAUGAUGUAUAUAUCUCUAUAUAUAUUUUCUUCAACUGCAUUGAAUAAGUGUCAUGAAUAGUGAUGAGUUCUCAACUGGAAUGUAUUUUCACUGCGAAAAUAGAAUUUAAUAC